AUGGCCUCUUCAGGUGGUGUUAAAUACCAAUAUCUGGCCGGGUUUUGUGCAAACAUUAUCUCCGUUUCGUAUGGCGCUUUUUGUGGUUGGCCAUCGGCCAGUUUUCUGGAGUUGCAGGCCGACAACAGCCCUCUGGAAAGUGGUCCACUGAGCAACAGUGAUGCUGGCUGGGUCUCCUCAACACUCUGUCUGGGUGGUGUUGUUGGCACAAUAGUAUUUGCCAGGCUGGCGGACAAACUGGGCCGCAAGCCUGCGCUUCUGCUGAUGGCUUUGCCUUCCCUGAUCGGCUGGCUUAUUCUACCCUAUGCACGCAAUCCCAUACAUUUGUGUGUGGCGCGGUUUCUGGGCGGCAGUGCCGGUGGUGGCUGCUUUGCCGUCAUUCCCAUCUAUGUUGUAGAGCUGGCGGAGAGCAGAGUGCGUGGCAUUUUAGGCACAUUUGUCGUACUGGGCUGCAACUUGGGUGUCCUUGCAGCAUUCACCAUGGGCUACUUCUUUAAUUACAAGCAAGUUGCCUGGAUGAUGUCCAUUUUGCCUCUGCUGUUCAUCAUUUGCUUCGUAUUCAUGCCCGAGACACCGCAAUUUUUAUUGCAAUGCAAUAAGUUGGAGGAGGCGGAACACGCUCUCCGCUAUUAUCGUAAUAUUAAGAAGCGCGUUUCCAAGGAACUUAGCGAGGAACUAAAACUGGAGCUGCGUCAACUGCGGACACCGGAAAAAGGGGAGGAGGCCGAUGCAAAUGUAAAUAGUGCUAUUACAUUGGCCGAUUUUCUUGAGCCCAAGGCACGCAAAGCAUUCCUGAUUGGCAUAGGACUGGCAGCGACAAAUCAAAUUUGUGGCGCGUUUGCAAUGCUCAACUACACAGGUGUUAUUUUCCAGCAAUCUGGGUCGACUCUGCCCCCCACUUUGGCGGCCAUAAUUGUAGGAACAAUUCAGAUAUUGGGUACAUAUAUAUCCACACUGUUGGUGGAGCGGGCGGGGCGUAAAGUGCUGAUGCUCGUCUCUGCGGCUGGCAUUGGUAUAAGCCAGUGUGCCAUGGGCACUUAUAGCUACUUGACACUACUGGGCUAUGAGACGGGAGCCUUUAGUUGGGUGCCCAUCGUUGGAUUCUCGGUCAUGAUGUUGGUGGCCGCUGUAGGGCUACUGACAGUUCCAAUUAUAGUUCUAUCGGAGAUAAUGCCCGUGAAGAUACGUAGUAUGGCGUAUAUGAUAUUCAUGGCUUUUCUCUGGCUGCUCACCGGCUUCAUGCUGAAGUCACUUCCUAUUUUUUCUGAAUCCCUGGGUAUGCAUGGCACUGUGUUUUUGUUUGCAGUUGGUGCGUUUGCCAGCGGUCUGUUUAUAGCCAUCUUUGUGCCCGAAACUAAGGGCAAGUCAAUUGAAACCAUUUUGGACAGCAUGUAAUAAUGGGAAGGCAACUGUGUAAAUAGUAUUAUCACGAAAAAAGGAAAGAAGGCAACUUUGUAAAUAGUAUUAUUUUAAAGAAAAUGUUAAAUUUAACUGCGAUUCUGUUAAUAUGCAAUAAUCAAUAAGAGAAAUAAAACUAUAAUAAAAGAGAUGAAUGCAA